UCUCGAGUCCCUGCCUCUUUCCUUUCCUUCCCUUUUCAAUUGGUCACCAUCUAUCACCAUGGCGGGCGGACAUAUGAAAUAUCGGCAUUUAAGCCGCUCCUCGUCGCAUCGACAGGCCCUUCUGCGUAAUCUCGUCACGUCCCUCUUCAAGCACGAAACGAUAACAACAACAUGGCACAAGGCAAAGGAGACCCAGAGGCUAGCAGAGAAACUAGUUACGCUGGGGAAAAGGAACACGGAAGCGUCGAGGCGCCGGGCACAUCAAAUAUUCUUCACACCUGAAAAGAUGGUCCCUAAACUUUUUGGCCCAAUAAGAGAUCGAUAUCUCAAACGACCGGGUGGGUACACUCGUGUCCUUCGAGUCGAACCGAUAAAAGAAGACCAGGCGGAAUCCGCAAUCCUGGAGCUCGUAGACAGUCGCCGGGAUAUGAGAUUCGCAAUGACAGCGAAGACUCUUGCUCGACUAGGAAAGGAUGAAGAGAUUAAUGAGGUCACAGCAAGAAACGUAAAGAAAGUGACGCAGUUUAGGAAAAACGGAGUGGCGCAGCUGCGAGGAAUGGUAGAGAGAAUGAAGAACGUGCAGGACAAUCAUCUUCCAGAUAAGAGGAGGGUAUAUCCAGAAGACAAAUGGCGGAGGGACAUGCACUUAAAGUAGAAGUGCCGCAAAGUAGAAUUGUAUUAUAUGGAGCUGCCUGAUGCAAGCAUUGUAACACACGGAG